UCGCUCUCAUAUAUUCGCAUUUUACGAUCAGCUGUUUUUUUGUUCAAGGUUUCUGACGUUUCUUAUAUCGAAUAACCUGAAAAUUAGAUUGGAGCUAUUUUCAGUAAAAAAAAGGGAAGAAAUAUAUUUCUCACGAGUGGAUUAAUUGGUCAUAAAUACAGAAAUAUCUAUCGUAGGAGUAAACAUAUUAUGUAUGUGUCAUAAGAAUCUAGGCUCCUGAUUAUUCCAGUAUGUUUUUCCACGUUUAAUUCCAGUAUGCUGUUAAUAACGCGUGACGAAUGCGUUUUAUAUUGCGUAAUUCAAUAACGUAGAAUUUUAUGUGAUGACAAUUUGAAGAGAUAAGCUUGACACAACGUAACUUGUCAUAUACUUAAAGAGAGUGUCAGUCAUGGCAUAUCCGAACGCAAUGUAUGGCUCAACUGAUCCUGGAUCUGAGGUACAUCCGGAUGUUCAACGAUGGUUCUCCACGGUGGAUAAAGAUGGAAGUGGUCGAAUAACAGCUACAGAAUUGCAAUCAGCAUUAGCUAAUGGUCAAGGAGGCACUUUCUCCGACACAGCAUGCAAGCUAAUGAUCGGUAUGUUUGAUAAAGAAAAGAAUGGGACUAUAAAUAUAUCAGAAUUUCAAGCCCUCUAUAAUUAUAUAAAUGCUUGGCUUGGCGUUUUUCGUGGUUUUGAUCAUGAUAAUUCAGGCAGUAUACAAGAGAAUGAAUUAAAUGCAGCUUUAACACAAAUGGGUUAUAGACUUAGUUCAGAGUUUAUUGAAUUUCUCAUAAAGAAAAGUGAUCUUCGUGGUCAUCAAUCCAUUACUGUUGAUCAGUUUAUAGUAUUGUGUGUUCAGAUACAAAGAUUUACAGAGGCAUUUAGGACAAGAGAUACAGAUCAAACUGGGACAAUUACCAUUAGUUUUGAAGAUUUCUUGGGAGUAGCUCUUAGUUGUAGCAUAUAAAUAUCUUUCGAUUUAAUGAUUGAAACAAUUAUCACACUUGGUUUUCAGAAAUAUAUUUGUAUUUAAGAAUUAUUCCAAGUAUUUUCAACUUGCUUGGCGCUUUCAAGCUUUCCAUGCCUAAUUGUAAGUUAUGCUUAAUUGUCUGAUGUCCUUAAGAUAAGCCAUAGGCUUGCUAAUAAAUAUAAGAAGCGCUAAAAUUAUUUA